UAAAUACGUCCCUUAACAUUAGGAAUCGCUGACCAAUCUCAAUAAUAGUAUGAGGAGACCUUUUACUAUGACAAUGGAAGAAGAAAGCGUCGCAUUGUUGCUACAGCAGCUCCAGGAGCUCCGUACAGAGAUGCGGACUCAGAAACAACAGCUCCAAGAAGAGAAUAACAGCUUACGGGCGGAACUACAGGCCGUACGGAACUCGCAACUGAGAAACCAUCCACCAGUUACCACUACAGUUACAUCCGCAACGCCCACCCCCUACGAACGAAGCUAUCCCCGUCCUCGUCACCCGGAUGUCGAACCCUUUACUGGAGAAGACCCUAAGGACUACCCUCCUUUCCAGAUGAACCUUCGUACGAAGUUUGCAAUCGACGCCGCCUGCUACCCUACAGAGGAGGAACAAGUUUACUAUGCCUACAGCCGCCUGAGAGGAAAAGCCAGCCAGCGUGUACUACCAUGGCUCUUGGCUCGCCAGAAAUCUGAGACUCCCGUGCUAUGGGCAGAAUUCUCCGCGGUACUAGACAAGGCCUUUGGUGACCCUGACCGACAGAGAAAGGCUCUUGUACGAGUGAAUACAAUGAAGCAAGGGAAACGUGACUUUGAAGAGUUCUUGAAUGAAUUUGACGAAGAACUUCUUAAUGCUGGAGGGAUUAAUUGGGAUGAUAACCAGAAGAAGGCCUUGUUGGACACGGCAAUUAAUGUUGAGUUGCUAAAAGCCAUGGUUGGUAUUAGGCAGGAGGAUUCGUACGACAACUACUGUAAUCAACUGCGCGAAAUCAACCACAACCUCCAGAGAGUGGCCAGGCUUACACGAAAAGGAUCUCGCGCUGCUGUCCCCACGCAUGUCGCUCGUACAAGACCAGCAGGAGGCUCUGACCGGACCGGGACCCCUGAUCAAAUGGACUGGGAAGCCACCCAUGCUCAAAUUGCAGCCCUACAAAAGGAAGUCGCGGCCCUCCGUACGAAAGGGACCAGGACCCCAAGAAAAGCUAGUCAGGCGCCUGCAGAGGAGAAGCAAAAGAGGUUGUCUGAGGGCAAAUGCCUACGCUGCGGUGAUCCUGACCACUUUAUACAAGAGUGCCCUACAAAACCUACCAGGCGCCCUAGGCAGGUGGCCACAGUUCAGGAAGAACAAGACCAAAUGGAUGACUACAGCGAGAGCGAGUCGGAAAACGAAUAACCUCUGUGCAAAGUCGCGUACAGAGGGGUUAUACAGCUAGAGAAAUACUACUUGAUUGGCAAGAUUUC